AUGGAUAUUCAAUCCAUAGAUCCUCUAUGGUCUAACUCACUGAAACCUGGUAUCGAGAAACUAUUGUCAGGUUUUUAUAGCGAACCCAAUUUUGAAGAGUUGUACCGAGCUGCUUACACAUUGGUACUCCAUGGACAUGGUCAAAAACUCUAUGAGAAAACUCGGGAAUUAAUUAUUGAAUACCUCGUCGAAAAGGUAAGACCAAAGCUUGCUGGAUCACCUUCAACAGAAUUCUUGGUUACACUCAAACAAAUAUGGAAUGAUUAUGAAAGAAGCAUGGUUAUGAUUCGUUGCAUCCUUAUGUAUAUGGAUCGACACUAUGUUUCAGGACAAAGACUCGAACCUGUCUAUGAUUUAGGUUUAAGAUUAUUUCGAGAAAAUAUUAUUCUAUUUUCGACGACACGCCAAUAUUUCAUUAACGCAUUAUUGGAGAUGAUGGCUCGCGAACGACAUGGUGAGAUCAUAGAUCGAACAAUUAUCAAAGAUAUUUCUCUUAAGCUAACAAAACUGAACAUUAAUGAAACUAGUUUCUAUAAUGAAGAUUUUCAGACAUUGUGUUUACAAUACUUAUCUGAAUUCUAUCAAUCUGAAAGUAAAAAAUUGCUAUCCGAAAACGCUCCAUCGGAAUAUAUUAAAAAAAUCGAUCUAUUUAUUAACGAAGAAACUGAACGCAUUAUUUUCUAUUUUGAUCAAUCAAUCGAGAAACGUUUUCGUCAGUUAGUAUUAGAUGAGUUCAUUAUCAAACAUAAAGAGCAUUUGAUGAAAAUGGAAAAAUCACGCAUUCAUCAAAUAUUAGAAAUGGAUCAAUAUGAAGAACUUGAAAUGAUUUAUAGGCUUUACCAACGAAUACCGAAUGGUCUAUUGAUUAUUGCUGAUUGUAUUAGUGAAUAUUUACGUGAGCAUGAUCAAACAUUACUUAUUACAAAUGAAAUUCAAAACAAAAAUUUCAUUAGUUUUCUCGAAAAUUUUAUUGAUCUCAAAGGAAAAUUUGAUAAGUUUGUAGUAAAGGCUUUUGAUUUCGACUCAAUCAUCACGCAACAAAUUGAUUCUGAUUUUGAACAUCUGAUGAAUUUGAAUGAGCAUAGUCAAGAGCAUCUUUUAACAUUUAUUGAUGAUCAUUUGAAAGAUAAACAAAGUCUUAAUGAUCUACAAAUUGUUACAUUGAUAAAAGCAGUUCUUCUAUUACGUUAUGUGAAAGACAAGGAUCUUUUACUACGAUAUUACAACUAUAUGAAAGAAAAGUCUGUUCUUGAUGAGAUGUUUCAAUCAGAUCAAUAUGAAAUACUUGCAAUCGUUUAUAAAGAUUGUCAACAAAUACCUGAUUGCCUUUCAAUAGUGGUUGAUUCCAUGAGCAAUAAUCUACGUAAACGAGGUGGAACAUUAUUAACCGGAAAUGUGACUUUAUUUAUAGAGAAUUUAAUGAAAUUGAAGGAUACAUUUGAUCAAUUUCUUAUUAAAUCUUUUCAUUCUAACAACAUAUUUGUUCAACAAAUGAAUUCUGAUUGGGAAUAUAUUAUUAAUUUAAAUGAACAUAAUCCUAAAUAUUUUUCAUUAUUUAUUAAUAAUCAAUUGAAAAAAAGUAAUCAAAAUCGUGAUCAUCAACAAAUAGAAGGAAUAUUGAAUAAAUUAAUCAAACUUAUAGGUUAUUUAAAAGAACAAGAUACUUUCAAAGAAUAUUAUGAAAAACAUCUAGCUAAACGUCUUCUUUCAAAUCAAUCUGCAUCAAAAGAUCUGGAAAACUAUGUAUUAUUAUUAUUCAUCAACAAUUUUGGUAAUGAAUUUACGUCAAAAGUAAAAUGUAUGCUAAAAGAUGUGUCUUUAUCAGAUACAUUAAAUAAAGAUUUUCAAUCUUAUGUCAAUCAGAAUGGACUCAAUUUGUAUGAUAUUGAUUUUGUUGUACGAGUAUUGAAAACCGAUUUUUGGCCAAUUUCUUCUAUCAAUAAUCAAUGUAACCUACCAACAAUAGUACGUAAGACCUAUGAUUGUUUUCAAGAUUUCUAUCUAAACAAACACAAUGGUCGUCGACUAACAUUACUAUCACAAUUAGGUUCAGCUGAUCUAGAAACAGUCUUUUAUGAAAAAUCAACAAAUAAAGAACGAAAAUAUAUUCUUCAAGUAUCAACCUAUCAAAUGGUGAUCUUAAUGUUAUUUAAUACGAAAGAUUAUUGGUCAUUUGAGGAGAUUCUACAUGAAACAGAUAUCAAUGAAGAUGAUUUAAAACGAGCUUUAAUUUCAUUAAUCUCUUAA